GGGAGGGGGCGGCCGGCUGCGUGAAGUGGGGAGAGCGUGGCUCGGCUCGGCUCUCUACGGCACGGCACGGCUCGGCUCGGCUCGGCAGCUGCCGGCCGAGUACUUGAAGGUGGCAGAUUUCUGGGUCUUCUCAUCCCAUGCCUCUCCCUGUAAGUGGGAGAGAAACUAAUGUAAAUGCAGGUGACCAUGCAGAAUGCAGUUCAGGUGUGGUUUGGAGAUGAUCUUCCCUUAAGCCCUCGAAGUCCUCUGACUCCCAGACAUGGGCCAGGUUUGGCAGACGUGUGCCUGUACGACCAGUGGAUAUCCGUGCGGCACGAGGCCACCCUGGUGCCCAUGCAAGAAGAUCUGUCCAUCUGGCUGUCUGGCUUGCUGGGAACAGAAGUCAAAGCAGAGCAACUGCUGGAAGAGCUGGAUAAUGGGGUACUGCUCUGCCAGUUGGUUGGUGUUCUUCAAAACACAAUUAAAAGAUGUUGCAGCUCAAAUAAUUUAAGGAGUUUUCCUAUGAGGAAAGUUCCAUGUAAGAAGGAUGCUCCAUCAGGAUCUUUUUUUGCCCGUGAUAAUACAGCCAACUUUCUUCACUGGUGUAGGGCCAUUGGAGUUGAUGAGACUUACCUCUUUGAAUCUGAAGGUUUAGUGCUGCACAAGGAUCCAAGACAAGUUUAUCUUUGCCUGUUGGAAAUUGGGCGCAUCGUAUCCAGAUAUGGAGUUGAACCUCCUGUACUAAUCAAGCUAGAGAAGGAAAUCGAGCUAGAAGAAACACUGCUGAUGACCUCUGGACCCCCAUCACCUAUUAGUACACCCAAGUCAUGUUGCCACCAUGGGGAGCUACACGAGGCAGUUAAACAUAUAGCAGAAGAUCCUCCCUGCAGCUGCUCCCAUCGGUUUUCCAUCGAAUACUUAUCAGAGGGACGUUACAGGCUGGGAGAUAAAAUCCUUUUCAUACGGAUGCUGCACGGCAAGCACGUCAUGGUGCGCGUCGGCGGAGGCUGGGACACGCUGCAAGGCUUUCUGCUCAAGUACGAUCCCUGCCGAGUGCUGCAGUUCGCCACGCUGGAGCAGAAAAUCCUGGCCUUCCAGAAAGGAGGCGACAGCGCCCCCAGCUCGUCAGCUAGAGCUCAGGAGCCCCCCCUUAUGAAUCCCAUGUCAGCUGUCAAUAUGUAUCAAAAGCAGGCAUCGACUCCUGCGUCAGCUUUUGGGGCCAGCGCCAAGAAGGCUUUAUCCAAGCGUCCUCAGUCCCCAGCCCUGGCAUCACCAAAAGCGACGGUGCCUCCUUCCUCCGCAGCGAAGACGCUGAUGCUCAGGUCCAAACUGAAGGGAGGUGUGCACUCUCCUUUCAAAGCAUCAGGUGGCACCUCAAAGAAACAGGAGCCUCCUGCACACAAGUCACCAGCUGCUGCUCCUGCAAGCAAAAGCUCUUCAUCCGCGGGCACAAGAGCCGCUCUCGUGCACUCCGAAACGCUGCGCAAGCGCAUUCGGUCGCCUGAUGCUCCCAAAGAGAAGUUUGCCCUGCCUCGGGGUUCCCCAGCACCAGCACUGCACCUUACCCUAUCUAAAAACCAGCCAUCAGGCUUGGCAGGGACAGCUGAAACCACGGCUUCAAAGCAGAAGCGUGCCCCUGCUAAGUGCCAGCCUGUGUCUGCCACCAAAGCGAAUCCAAUCGCUCCCAGGGCUGCUCAGCUGCCCGUUACAAAUCUGCGUGCUGCUGCCAAGCUGGCACGUUCUCAGCAGCUCCUUGCAAAACCUCCUCCUGAAAGUGCCAUUCAGACCUCAGGAACUGCUUCUCAGCAUCUUCAGAAAGCUCCACAAACAGCUCCUCACCUGGCAAGGACCCUGAAGAAUGCUUCAGUCCUAAAACACUCAGCUUCUGCACCUUCCCUUGCGCUUAGCAAAGCAUCGAAGUCACCACCCACGCUGGUACCUGCGAGCAAAAACGUCUCAUCAGUUGUCAGUAAGCAGCCAAAUGUCAGUAAACCCCCUCAGGUUGGACCUACUUCAUCCAGACCUCCUGAGCGCACCCCCCUAUCCGUUGUGAGGCUCCCUCAAACCUCAGCCAAAGCGGCUGUGACCAAAAAGCCAGCACAGCCUUCUGCAAAAGCUCAGCCUUCGACCAAAAUCUUGCCAGUCAAUGCAAGCUUGGCCCCAGCAGCCAAGAAGCCUCCCCCUAAGGGAAAAUCUGCAACAGCCUGCAACAAAGGAAUGCCUGAGCUGUCUAAAGGUCCUCCCAUGAAGAACAGGCAAGAUGAUCACUACUUCGUUAUGACAGGGAGUAAAAAACCCAGGAAGUAAACUGCUUUUGUUGAAGUAUUUUGUUCAUGUGAGCCUCUUGUAUCUGCUACACUGAGGACAGGGAGAACAAAGUUAACUAACACUACAUUCACCAUGAAAUAUUAGGUGUAGCCUACAUUUUGCUGCAUAAUGUUGCAGUAAAAACUGCAUUUUGUGGCUUAGAAACUCUUAUUUGGAUCUAUUUAGAUGUCAGCUUGCUUGCUGCGUAGCACCAUGGGACAGACAUUAUCCCUGUUUGCUGCUAGCCUGACCUGCACAGGGAAGGCAGGAGAAAGGAAAAGGGAGCUGGGGCUGCUGCUUUUGCUGCUGAUCACUCAAGGGAGUGAAGUCUGUCCAGGAUACAUCUACCUAGGGUAGAGCCUGAGUGAUUCUGGUGGUUCUGGCACAUGUGCAGAGAAGCCCCUGGCAAUUAAGAGAGUUGUGCACAAGCCGUAAAAAUUUCUAAUACCUCAAACAAAGCUAAAGGUUUUUAACUCACCAACGUCCCAGAAUCCAAAUUUGGGUCACCUGUAUGUAUUAUAUAUAAAGAGGAAGAAAUCUCUAGUGGUUAGAUUUGACAGCUGCCACUAUCAGUGUUCACUGUGCCCCCCAUAUGCCUUAAACCAGCCUCAGCUUGCUUGGAAGUGGAACUUUCUGGGUGUGUGUUAAAUUGGACAUGCAAAACCAUGGCCUUGAUUGCUCACUCUCAUCAUACUUUAGCCUCUCAAAUUCAUGCCAGAUCUUUUCAGUGAGCAAUGUGGCUUUAAAAACCCUGGGCAGAUAAUUUUGCUUAGUUCAAUGUGCAAAUCUGCAAGCCCGAUCUUUCCUAGAAAGCUCUUGCUACACGGAGCAGCUCCUGAGUUGCUGAGAGUUCACUUUUCCCUGAGAAGGAGCCCCAAAGCAGGUCCUGCUCCAGGGAUGGAGCCCCAGAGUGGCUCCUGCUCCAGCAGUUUAGAGCUGCAAUUACUGAUCUGCACUGGCAGAGCCUUACUGCUCUGCAGAAGUGGCCUUUACUUGUGAAACUGAGUCCCUGAAUGCUCAGUGCUGCAGGUUACUUUUGGUGAGCACUCUUAGUGUGCAGUGGCCUUUUUUGUUUUAUUUAUGGAGACCUUCCUGGCUCUCCUCUUUUGCUUUUGGAAGCAAGGAGUAAUUUGCUGGAGAGGUAAUGAGGGACUGCAUUUACCUCCAAAUGCCAGAAAGCUCUUCAGGUUUUAUGCCCAACUACUGGAAGCCUUCAGUGGGUUAAAGAUCUGUGGUGCUCUAUGCCUUUACCCUUAACGAAAGCAGCUUUCUUGGUAGAUGAAUUAAAAAUCACUCUCUUUGAGAGUAGCUUUUUUUUUUGUUUGUUUAUUUGGGGCUUAAUGAAAAGUUCCUACAAACACUGAGGAGCUCUCAGGGUCUGUGAAGAGACACUGCUGACUUCCAUGGGCAGUGAAGAGACACUGCUGACUUCCACAGACAGUUAUGUUUUGCUCUCCAUUCCCAGGAUAUUUACUUAUGGGUGGGAGAAGAGAUGCCUGGAAACUGCAGUUUCUGAUAUUACAUAUUUAAUGAUAUAUAUAUUUUUUUCCCUUUGGAACUAGAGUAAGCAAGCAUCAUAAAGUGAGUCUUCAGGUGCAGUGGCAAAGUCACUGAGCUGCCUUUCUGAGCACCUUGUUAGCUUGGUUGUAUUUAUGAUUCUAUUUAUGCAUAUCUACUGUACCGUACUGCUUACAGCCUUGCUGGGAGUGAACAGUAAACAUGAGUAGCCAAACUGUAGGAGAUAAAGAGAUCAGUUUUGAUAAUGUGGACACAAGUCCCACGAGUUUGUAGGCCUCAGGCUUAUAUGUUUUAUAGAUAGACUGCUUCAAAGCUACUAAUGCAUAUGUUAAGAGUAGCGUUGACUGUGGCGGACUGCGUUGACACACAGCUUCCUGUGCUGAAAGGAUUUUGCAGUAGACUACUUGCUUUUGAUGUCAGGCUUCCAAAUCAUGAGUUCCAUACAGCAUGAUCUAUCUCAUGCAGAUUGAUAGCUGAGUUCCUGAGGUUUCUUCCUGAGGUGGAGUUAAAUUCCACCCUAGCAGCUCGUGGAGUGCUGUGUUUCGGAUGUGUGGCUAAAACAGCGUUGAUAACACACCAAUGUUUUGGCUCUUGCACAAGGUCAAGACUUUCUCCUUUUCCUGCUCUGCACCCCCACAGCAAGUGGGUUGGGGGACAGACAAGAGAUGGGGAGGGACACCACCAGGACAGCCAACUCAAACUGGCCAAAGGGCUCUUUUCAUAUCAUAACCCCUCUGCUAAAGCCAGUUUGCCUAAAGCAGGUUGUAAAGAUUGCUUCCAGGCAGUCUUUGAGUAUGUCCAGAGCACCUGCACAACGUCCUUGGUUCUUUUCAUUACACUGUCUUUAUCUCAACUGUCACUCAUUAAACUGUCUUUAUCUCAGCCUGUGAGUUGAGAGGCUUUUGGUGCUCUUCUCUCCCCUAUUUUGCUGGGGAUGGAGAAGGAAGACACUGAGCAGCUCUGUGGGUGCUUGUCUGCCGGCUGGGGUCAAACAGUUUACAAGGGUUUUGGUAGUAACUUAAACAUUGAGACUCUUGGAUCUCAAUGCAAAGCUAUCUCAACCUUUUGGAACUAGAACUUCAGAAUAAAAGGAGCAGAUGGCUUCAUCUUUGUCAUCCAUUGUCUUGUGAGGGACUGAAUUUUAUGGUUCCAAAUGAAAUAAGCAUAAGCUUUUUACAGCUGACAACCUUAAUCAGCUUAGCUAAAGAUGGUUCACCUGUUACAUGUGGGUAGGCUUGGUUUGGAUUUAUCACAGACGUGUUUGAGCAUGGUCUAACUUCUGUGAAUGUUGCAGUUCCUUACCUUCAUAGUCAUAUUCUAGCUACAGUUGUCAUGUAACACGAAGUGAGCCAAGAACAACAUGCAAGAAAGUACCUCCUCAUGGAAAUUCCUACUCUUUUAACACUGUUUACAUUACCAAAUAGCAAGUCUAAUCUUCAGCUUGUAUUACUUUUUUUGUAAGGGAAAGAUAACUUGGAGCAAGAAUCUGCCUGAGUUCUCCAUGUGUUAUCAGUGCCCUUCUGUAUGAGUCCUUCAUUUAAAAUAAACUUAUACUCCACCUCU